AUGGAGGGCAAAACGGUUUUGGUCAGCGUUCUCCUAGCGACACUCGCAAUAGCAGUCGUGGUUGCAGGUUUCAUGGCUGAAGCUACGAAGGCUAAGAGAUCUCAAAUCACAGUAGAAUACUAUGGUCUCGAACCUAUCGAACCUGAAUGUCACUAUCCGAGUAGUCCAGCCAUGGGUCUAGCCAUAGCAGCGACCGUGGCUCUUGUGCUAGCACGUACAAUCAUUCAAUCAACCACUGGCGGUUGUUGCUCGUGCUGCAAACCGCUCCAUAGCAUGCCCAAAUUAGGCCGAGUCUGUAUAGUGAUAUCAUGGAUUUUGUCUUCUAUAGCCGUUGUCCUAUUUAUUGCGGGUGCAAAGUUAAGCACUCAUAAUAGUGCGAUGGUAGACGUCAAUGGUGUGUACUAUUGUUACACUGUAAAGCCUGGGGUCUUCUCUGGAGCCGGUAUCAUGGGUCUCUUGAGCGUGCUUCUUGGUCUCGUCUACUACUUUUUAUAUGUCCAGGCUCAACGUCGUGCAGCCGAGAAGUCAGGGGCAGAUCUAGAACUCGAGAAACCACCAGUCACUGAUGUCAAGAAACCACCGAUCACCGAUGUCAAGAAACCACCAGUCACCGAUGUCAAGAAACCACAGGCGCCGUCGCAGAAUGAGUAA